CGGCGAGAACUAAACAGGUCACCCGGCUUGAUCGCAAAGCAUGCAAUCUCUGUCACACACAAGCUAGCGUAGCAAACAGACCUUCAGAGGCUACAACAUUUUUUUCAGUUUAGACGUUUCCUUUAAUGUUAGUCUUUUACAGCCUCGCUACACCUUUUUCUGUUUAAUUAUAGACCCAGCACACCGGAGGAACCAGGAUGGAGUGGCAGCCAGACGAACAGGGUCUGCAGCAAGUGCUUCAGCUGCUCAAAGAUUCCCAGUCCCCAGACACGGCCACUCAGAGAGCUGUGCAAGAAAAACUGGAGCAACUUAACCAGUUUCCUGACUUCAACAACUAUCUCAUCUUUGUCCUCACAAGCCUCAAGUCUGAGGAUGAACCCACUCGGUCUCUCAGUGGUCUGAUUUUGAAGAAUAAUGUGAAAGCUCACUAUCAGAAUUUCCCCCCCAACGUGGCUGACUUCAUCAAGCGGGAAUGCCUCAACAACAUUGGAGAUCCUUCGCCGCUUAUUAGAGCUACAAUUGGGAUUUUGAUCACAACUAUAGCUUCUAAAGGAGAGCUGCAAACUUGGCCAGAACUCUUGCCUCAACUUUGUAAUUUGCUAAACUCUGAGGACUAUAACACUUGCGAGGGCUCUUUUGGAGCACUCCAGAAGAUCUGUGAGGAUUCCUCUGAGCUGUUGGACAGCGACGCUCUAAACAGACCCCUCAACAUCAUGAUCCCUAAAUUUCUCCAGUUCUUUAAACACUGCAGCCCUAAGAUCAGGUCCCAUGCUAUUGCUUGUGUGAACCAGUUCAUCAUUGGGCGAGCUCAGGCUCUGAUGGACAACAUUGAUACUUUUAUUGAGAGUCUGUUUGCGCUGGCUGGUGAUGAAGAUAGUGAAGUGAGGAAGAACGUUUGCAGGGCUCUGGUCAUGCUGCUGGAAGUCCGCAUCGAUCGUCUCAUCCCACACAUGCACAGCAUCAUUCAGUACAUGCUACAACGGACUCAGGACCCAGAUGAAAACGUGGCUCUGGAAGCCUGUGAGUUCUGGCUCACUCUGGCUGAACAGCCUAUCUGUAAAGAGGCCCUGUCUGGUCACCUGGUUCAAUUGAUUCCUAUCCUGGUGAAUGGGAUGAAAUACUCUGAGAUAGACAUUAUUCUUCUAAAAGGUGAUGUUGAGGAGGAUGAGACGAUCCCAGACAGCGAGCAGGACAUCAAGCCUCGCUUCCACAAAUCUCGCACCGUGACUCUGCAACACGAGGGAGGGGAGGGCGAGGAGGGGGAGGACAUAGACGAGGAUGAGGAUGAUGAUGACGACACGCUGUCUGACUGGAAUCUUCGAAAGUGCUCGGCUGCAGCUCUGGACGUUCUGGCCAACGUCUUCCGUGAGGAGCUGCUUCCCCAUCUCCUGCCUCUGCUCAAAGGCCUGCUGUUCCACCCUGACUGGGUCAUCAAGGAGUCUGGCAUCUUGGUGUUGGGGGCCAUUGCUGAAGGCUGCAUGCAGGGAAUGGUGCCAUACUUGCCAGAGCUCAUUCCACAUCUCAUCCAGUGCUUAUGUGACAAGAAGGCUCUGGUGCGCUCCAUUGCCUGCUGGACUCUCAGUCGCUAUGCCCACUGGGUGGUCAGCCAGCCCCCUGAUAAUCACCUCAAGCCCCUCAUGACAGAGCUGCUUAAACGCAUCCUGGAUGGAAACAAAAGGGUGCAGGAGGCAGCAUGCAGUGCUUUCGCCACCCUGGAGGAGGAGGCAUGUACAGAGCUGGUGCCUUAUCUGAGCUUCAUCCUGGACACGCUGGUAUUUGCUUUCGGGAAAUAUCAACACAAGAACUUGCUGAUUCUCUAUGAUGCCAUAGGAACGUUGGCCGAUUCUGUGGGACACCACCUCAACCAACCUGAGUACAUUCAGAAGCUGAUGCCGCCUCUGAUAGCAAAAUGGAACGAGCUGAAGGAUGAGGACAAGGACCUCUUUCCUCUGCUUGAGUGCCUGUCGUCUGUUGCCACUGCGCUGCAGAGCGGCUUCCUCCCGUACUGCGAGCCUGUGUAUCAGCGCUGUGUAACCCUGGUCCAGAAGACGUUGGCUCAGGCCAUGAUGUAUAGUCAGCAGCCGGACCAAUAUGAGGCACCAGACAAGGACUUCAUGAUUGUGGCCCUAGACCUGUUAAGCGGCUUGGCUGAGGGGCUUGGGGGCCACGUGGACACAUUGGUGGCUCGCAGCAAUAUUAUGACGCUGCUGUUCCAGUGCAUGCAAGAUACAAUGCCAGAGGUGAGGCAGAGUUCCUUUGCCCUGCUGGGUGACCUGACCAAGGCUUGCUUCCCUCAUGUCAAACCAUGCAUUGCUGAAUUUAUGCCAAUCCUUGGAACAAAUCUGAACCCAGAGUUCAUCUCUGUGUGCAACAACGCCACCUGGGCUAUAGGGGAGAUCUGCAUGCAGAUGGGUUCGUGCCUUCAGCUUUGCAUUACCGUGACGUUCUUAUUCAACAAUGAGAUCUCAAGACCUUGUUCUCUAUUCCUUCCAUCAGGAGUGGAGAUGCAGCCAUACAUAGCUAUGGUUCUAAACCAGCUAGUUGAGAUCAUUAACCGACCAAACACACCCAAAACUCUGCUGGAGAACACAGCCAUCACCAUCGGCAGACUGGGCUACGUUUGCCCUCAGGAGGUCGCUCCCAUGCUGCCGCAGUUUAUCCGACCGUGGUGUACGUCACUGCGCAACAUCCGAGACAACGAGGAGAAAGACUCUGCUUUCCGUGGGAUUUGCAUCAUGAUCGGCGUGAACCCUGGAGGUGUGGUGCAGGAUUUCAUCUUCUUCUGUGAUGCUGUGGCCUCCUGGGUGAAUCCUAAAGACGAUCUGAGAGACAUGUUCUACAAGAUCCUGCAUGGCUUCAAGGAGCAGGUCGGGGAGGAGAACUGGCAGCAGUUUUCCGAGCAGUUCCCUCCACUGCUGAAGGAGAGACUGGCAGCCUGCUAUGGUGUUUAGGUUCUCGACACCCAACCAAGAGGUGAGCCAGCAGGAGGAGGGUGAAUGGGAAACUCAUCCAUCUGUGUAUUGCACGGCCCUGAUCUGGGGGGAGGGAGAGGGACGCUUUUUGCCACUCCCCCGAUGGACGGCCCCCACGCCCUAUGUGUUUGUCCAUAGCGGGAGGGAGGGCGGGCGGGUGGGAGGGAGGGACGGGGGGGACACCUCUAGAUUAACUAGGCAGGGACCCGACACAGGAAAAAAAACAAACUAACUGUUAGGGACAGAUAGAGGGGGGAAGACAGAGAUGAAGAGACCAGCUGGGAGAAAGAGAGCAGCGCAGAGAAAAGUUCAGGGAAAGACUGGGAGGGGAUUCACUGACGAGGCAGGGUAGAACAAGCGAGAGAAGGGUUGUUUCUUGCCUGGAAUCACUGGGACAGCUAGGCUUUUUAAACGAGUAGCUGGUAGCCCGACAGACUUAAGCUGACGCUCAUAAUAAUGCACAUGUAGUGCAUGGGACAGACUGUGGGUGGCACUGCAGUUAUGACUUUAACAGACCUACUACAAGUAGUUAGGGACAGACAGGUAAAAACUCUAUAAUAACUUAAUUUACGGGGGAAUAGGAUUUUAAUAUCACAUACUCCAUCUGUGCUCGCCCAAUUCUGCUUAUCUGUAAGAUGAUCAUCUAUGUUUCCUACCUUUCAUUCUUACCAGAGUGCUGCUUUACAGAGCUAUCUUCUAUCACACAUAUUGCUGUCUACAUUUUUCUUUCUACCUGUUUGAACGAGAGGGAAAAAAGCAGGGAAACCGUUUUUCUGCUGAAAACCAUUCCUCUGGGACGGGGGAUUAGGGCUAACACAUCAGUUUUCUGACCAGAGUGUGAGGAAAUCGUAAAAACAACAAAAAAAAAAACAGAAAAAAAUCGCAUCCUUAGUUUCGUCUCCAAGGUUCGGCUCGUCGCGUGUGUGCAUGUUGCAAGUGUGUAAAUCCUGAUUUUGGCAUUCUUUAACAGUGUGAAAUGUGUAUUAUUAUUAUUAUUUUCCUUUUGUUUUGUAUUUGUUUCUGGACAUGGUACCGAGCUAAAACUUGACUCCCCACCGCAAUGUCCUUGGCACCUGUUAACUGUGACCAAGUGUUUGUGUGCGUGUGCAUGUGACUCCUGAGUGUGUGUGCGUGUGUAAAUGUCUGUCUACAGUCGUAUUGAUAUCCAUUUGAUGCCAUAAUGAUAUCUUUAGUAAAGUGAUUGGUUGUUAUCUUUAUAAUGUUUUAUAAUUGGUCUUUUAUUGUUUGUUUUUUUUUGCUGCUACUGAUGAGUUUUGUUUCUGUAGUGAACUAAAAUUCACACACUUAACACAAAAAUUGAAUCAAUGCUAUAUUCAGUGACUGUUAAGUUUUUUUUUUUGCACUUUUUAUUUUAUUCUGUUUUUUUUAUUUGUACGUUUUAUUUUAUUUUUUAAACCUCACCCAUAUGAUAUGUCUUGACCCUAAUGUCAGUGUUUGUCAUACUGUGUUGCACUGUGAAAUUAAGUGUCUUUGACUGGCAAAAAUAUUUCAAUACUAAAUGGCAAAUAAAAGCGACUUUGUGAAACUGCGACUAAUCCGCACUUUUACAAUGACUAA